CCUCUUCAUUUUCUUCUAAGCCCAAACAAUAACAUAACUAGGGAAAAACUAUACCCAGUAACAGUGAGUUUAUUUUCAUAACUUUCCAGGACCCUGCACCUUUUCCUCUAUAGCCGACACCCAACUCUCCUUCAUUGUUUCUGCGUCUUUCUUACAGAUUACUGAUCAUGGAGCCUGGAACUGACGAGUCAAAUUCAGCCAGAGAAAUACGAGGCUCACACUCUUCUUCAAAGAAAGCAAAAGAUCUGAACAUUGAAGGAUACCCUGUUGGGGGUUUGUCCAUUGGAGGCCAUGAAACAUGCGUAAUUUUUCCCACACUUAAAGUAGCCUUCGACAUUGGUCGCUGCCCACCUCGUGCUGUUUCCCAAGACUUUCUUUUGAUCUCACAUGCCCACAUGGAUCACAUUGGAGGACUGCCAAUGUAUGUUGCCACACGUGGUUUGUACCGUAUGAAGCCCCCAACAAUUAUUGUACCGAUUUCAGUAAAAGAGGAUGUAGAGAAACUAUUUGAGGUUCACAGGAAAAUGGACCAAUCAGAGCUUAAACACAACUUGAUUGGCUUGGAUGUAGGAGAAGAAUUUUAUUUGCGAAAGGAUCUUAAAGUAAAAGCUUUUCGGACUUACCAUGUAAUACCCAGCCAGGGUUAUAUACUUUACUCUGUAAGACAGAAACUUAAACCAGAAUAUAUCGGUCUUUCUGGAAACGAAAUUAAGAAUUUGAAGUCAUCUGGUGUGGAGAUAACAUACACUUUGACAGAACCAGAGAUUGCUUUCACUGGAGACACCACGUCAGAAUUCAUAGUUGAUGAAAAGAACACUGAUGCCUUGCGGGCUAAAGUUCUUGUAUUGGAGUGCACAUUUGUUAACAAUUCAAUUACCGUGGAACAUGCCAAAGAUUAUGGACACACUCACCUUUCUGAGAUUAUAAGUUAUGCUGAUAGGUUGCAGAACAGAGCAAUCCUUUUGAUUCACUUUUCUGCGCGUUACACAGUAGAGGAAAUUCAACAAGCUGUGUGUGCAUUACCACCCCCUUUAGCUGGUCGAACUUUUGCACUUACUGAAGGUUUCUGACAAGUAGUUUCUGUUGAAUGCAUAGAAGAGUUCUGUUGAAUGCAGAAUUGAAUGGAGUUAUUUUUACCCCCUCCAUCCCCACCUACAGCUCUUGGCAGCAGGUAGAGUUUACCAUCAUUAUGAGUACUUGUGUAAUGAUUCAUUCAUACUUUCUCUCCCAUCUCAUAUCCACACAUUUUACGUUCCUCUGCAUUUUCUGUCACAUCACAUAUCGUAUCACUCAUUUCUUUCUUUCCUCUUCCUAUUUAUCUAAGAUGGAGGAGGUGGAAAAGAAAUGUGAACAAAACAUCAUUCCAUCGUAAUUCUUGGAAAAUUUUGAAACUGUGGAAUGCAUGGUCAAAUCGAGUGUAUCAAUAUAGUCAUCAACUAAGUACCUUUGAUCAGUCUGUCUGUAUUAAUUUUAGUUUUAUGUUUCAUUUCAUUUAUUUAGAGAAAAAUGCUGAUGGACUUACUUACCUUUAUUCACUGAGUAUGGAUCCUUGUGCACUCUCUAACACCAUGUACUCCUUGCAUGGCAUUCAGAUAAAGAAAAUGAAAAAAGCUGCUUGGCUUAUCUUCAUUGACUGAGUAA